AUGUGUCUGGUAAAGAUGGCGGUCAGCAUCCGAGGCCGUCCUAUCCGAAGUAUACGGAUGCGAGGUCGGAAUGACAGUGGGGAGGAAAAUGUACCGCUCGAUCUCACAAGAGAGCCCUCUGAGAACAUGCGAGAGAUCCUGCAGAAUGUGGCCAAACAACAAGGAGUCUCCAACAUGCGCAAACUCGGCCAUCUUAACAACUUUAUCAAGCUGCUCUGCAAUGUCGGGCACUCUGAGGAAAAGUUCGGCUUUACCUAUGAAGAAAUUAUCAUUUGCCUCAGGUUGGCUCUCCUCAAUGAGGCUAAGGAGGUUCGGGCGGCUGGCUUACGUUCUCUUCGCUACCUCAUCAGGGACAGUAAUAUCCUUCAGAAGGUGCUGCGUCUCCAGGUGGAUUACCUGAUUUCCAGGUGCAUUGACAUCCAGCAGAGUAAUGAGGUGGAGCGCACUCAGGCUCUCAGACUGGUGAGAAAGAUGAUCAUUGUGAACGCCCUGCUCUUCCCAAGCUCAGUCGCAAACUCCCUCAUUGCAGUGGGCAACGAUGGACCACAGGAGCGGGACCGUAUGGUUCGUGCCUGCAUCGCCAUUAUCUGUGAACUUGCACUGGAGAACCCUGAGAUUGUGGCGAAGCGUGGUGGACUCAGCACCAUCCUGAAGAAUGUAAUCGACUGUCAGCUCAGUCGUAUCAACGAGGCUCUGAUGACCACCAUCCUGCACCUCCUCAACCACCCACAUACUCGGCAAUACGUUCGGUCUGAUGUGGAGUUAGAGCAAAUCCUGGCACCUUACACAGACUUCCACUACAGACACAAUCCAGACACAGCAGAGGGUCAGCUCAAAGAGGACAGGGAGGCUCGAUUUCUGGCCAGUAAGAUGUCAAUUGUUGCAUCCCUUCGCUCUUGGUCAGGCAUCAUUAAUCUCUGCAAGUCAGGCAACUCUGGAAUCCAGUCCCUCAUUGGUCUGCUGUGUAUACCAAAUAUGGAAGUGAGGCGAGGACUGCUGGAGGUGAUGUAUGAAAUAUUCAGGCUCCCUGUUCCUGUGGUGACACAAGAUUUUAUUGAAGCUCUUCUCAGUGUGGACCCUAGUAGGUUUCAGGACAGCUGGAGACUGUCAGAUGGCUUUGUAGCGUCAGAAGCAAAAAUAAUACUUCCACAUAGGGCACGGUCCAGACCUGAUUUGAUGGAUAACUAUCUUGCUUUGCUGCUUUCUGCCUUCAUCCAUAGUGGUCUUUUAGAGGGCCUGGUUGAAGUGAUCACUAGCAGUGAAGAUAGUGUUUCAGUUCGUGCAACUAUCCUCUUAGGAGAACUCCUGCAUAUGGCCAACACCAUUCUCCCUCACUCCCAUAGUCACCACCUGCACUGCCUGCCCACUCUAAUGAACAUGGCUGCUUCUUUUGACAUUCCUCAGGGGAAAAGACUACGGGCGAGUGCUGCGGUCAAUUACUUGAAGAGAUUUCAUGAGAAGAAGAAGCGAGGCCCUAAACCCAAUAGUCUUUACUUGGACCACAUUGUCCGCAAAUCUCUGGCUGCUCAUUAUUGUCGGGAUCAACACCUCAGGCCUCAGAGAGACAUUUUUGUCAUUAAGGACACUGAGGAGGCCCUCAUGAUGAACCUCAGAGACAGUCAGAUUCUCAAUCAUAAACAGAAUUUGGAGUGGAACUGGGUCCUGAUCAGCACCAUACUCAAGUGGCCAAAUGUCAACCUUCGGAACAACAAAGAGGAACAGAUGCACAAAUUUGUGCGAAGGCUGCUCUUCUUCUACAAGCCUAGCAGCAAGCUGUACGCCAGUCUGGAGCUGGACUACAGCAAGGCCAGACAGUUAACAGUAGUGGGCUGUCAGUUCAUCGAGUUCCUGCUGGAGUCAGAUGAGGAUGGCCAGGGUUAUCUGGAAGACCUAGUGAAGGACAUAGUACAGUGGUUGUCCUCUUCCUCUGGGCUGAAACCAGACCGUAGUCUUCAGAGCAAUGGCCUCCUCACGACCCUCAGCCAGCACUACUUCCUCUUCCUUGGCACUCUCUCAGCUCAUCCACAGGGCGUUAAGAUGCUUGAGAAGUGCGGUGUCUUCCAAUGCCUCCUGAACGUGUGCUCACUUAAGAACCAGGACCAUCUUCUGAAGCUGGUGGUCUCCACACUGGACUACAGCCGGGAUGGUUUAGCUCGGGUCAUCCUCUCAAAGAUCCUUACCGCUGCCACUGACAACUGCAGGUUGUACGCCACCAAGCAUCUGCGGGUGUUGUUACGAGCUAAUGUGGAGUUUUUCAGCAACUGGGGCAUUGAACUGUUGGUGACUCAGUUACACGACCGCAGCAAGGCCGUCUCGGUGGAGGCUUUGGACAUACUGGAUGAGGCCUGUGAGGACAAGGCAAAUCUGCAUGCUCUGAUUCACAUGAAGCCAGCACUAACUCACCUGGGAGACAAAGGUGUGCUGUUGCUGUUAAGGUUUUUAUCCAUUCCCAAGGGGUUCUCCUAUCUAAAUGAGAGAGGAUAUGUCACUAAACAACUGGAGAAGUGGCAGAAGGAAUACAACCUUAAGUAUGUGGACCUCAUAGAGGAACAGUUAAAUGAAGCACUUACUACUUAUCGUAAACCAGUGGAUGGGGAUAACUAUGUGCGACGGAGCAACCAAAGGUUACAGAGACCAAAUGUUUUUCUUCCUGUGCAUUUGUAUGGACAACUGGUACAUGAUAAGACAGGCUGUCAUUUGUUGGAAGCUCAGAAUGUAGUUUCAGACCUGAGUUACACAGUGCGCUGCCCAUUGCUGGACAAAUGGGAGGGCAUCAAACAGCUUAAAGCUGCUCUUUGGGCCCUGGGAAACAUUGGCACGUCUAACUGGGGACUGAACCUCCUACAGGAAGAGAAUGUAAUUCCAGAUAUUGUCGCUCUUGCCCAUGACUGUGAAGUUCUGUCUAUUAGGGGGACGUGUUUGUAUAUUCUGGGACUCAUUACUAAAACCAAGCAGGGUUGUGAGGUGCUCAAGCUUCAUGGCUGGGAUGCAGUCAGGCACAAUCGCAGACAGCUUUGGCCUGUGGUCCCUGAUGAGGUGGAGCAGCACCAUAACCUACAGCAGCAGCAGCAACAGCAGCAGCAGCAACCCCUCAUUCACCUAUCGUCAGCUCCCAGCACCCUCAGCUUAAACUCAGAAUCCACCAGCUCUAGACACAACAGCGAGAGUGACUCCAUUCAGCCAAGCAUGUACAUCCUGGAUGAUGAGAAGUUGGAAAGUUCUGAACUUUCCGAAGACCAGCCACUGUACUUUCGACCUAAACUCCUAAAGGACCGCAGUCCCUUCACCAUAUUGGCCUCCAGCCGACUUGUCCGGAACCGCUUCCUGAUCUCCCUCUCCGGAAAGAAACUCCGCAGUACCAGUGACCCCAAAGGCACUGGCAGUAGCAGUAAACUUCAAGGCGAGCCCACUCUGGGAGGCCUCCGGAGGGUACGCACAGUCACAGAGCCCUCUAUCUUCUCUUCUUGUCAGGGAGAUGUCUUCAGUCCUGUGUUUACAGAUGGACAUCUGCCAAAAAGCCCCAGCGUUAGUUUGGAAACCUCUUUUGUAGGCACUAAGACUAUGGACACUCAGGACAGUACGUCUAGUAUUGGAGAGCAGGAGGUACGUCUGAACAGAGCUGCAGAACGAAGCUCAGGGGUUGGAGAUGCCCACCGUGAACAAACCAGUCGAGAAAGGCUUGCCGGUGAUGGCUCAACCUCUGGCAGCGGGGCUCAGUUUAAAAGCCGCAGCCAGAGUUUCAACACAGACACGACCACCAGUGGCAUCAGCUCCAUGAGUUCCAGUCCGUCCAGAGAGACUGUAGGUUGUGUGGACUCUUCCACCAUCGACACAGAUUGUGUUAGCCUCAAUACUGUCAUUAGCACUCAAACUGUCAAAACACUUCACUCUCUCACACCCCAGUCCAACCACUUGACUCUGUCCAAAUCAAACUCAGUUCUGCUGAUGCCACCAGGUUCCUCUCAUACUCUGCCCCGCAGAGCACAGUCCCUUAAAUCACCUUCAGUCACAACCAUCUCGAGCCUGACAGACUGUAGCUUCAUGUACACCAGUCCUCGGGAUGCACUGGGCUAUGCUACCCUAAAAAGACUGCAGCAGCAACGUAUCCACCCCUCCCUUUCUCAUAGUGAAGCGCUCGCUUCGCCUGCCAAAGAUGUUCUCUUCACGGAUGCCAUCACCAUGAAAACUGGCAGCCUGGACUCCAGACUCACACCGCGCAGGUUUCUCAAGGCUCUGAGUUUUGUAUCCCUGGAUAAAGAGGAUCUUCUGAGCCCUAUCAGUCAGACGUCUCUACAGCGCUCCUCCUCAGUGCGCUCUAUGGUAUCCAGUGUCACUUACGGCAGCUCUGAUGAUUACAUUGGCCUUGCUCUGCCAAUGGACAUCAACAGCAUGUUCCAGAUUAAGGACACACCAUACUUCCAAAAGAGGAAAAGUCCACCAUCAGAGGACCGGGCUGCAAAGUUCUUCACGGGAGAGGCAGAUGGAUCAAGCGAAGUGUCCAGACACUCUGUUCUGCGCUCUCAGCUUAGUAUCACAGAGCUGAUUGCAGUGAGCCGUAUGGAGAAGCAUCAGAUGUUGGGUGCAGAGGAGACCGGCCUGCAGGAGCACACUGAGGAGAACUGUCUUUACUGUGCAGGGCUCUACGUGCUUGGCUGCAACUCAAACUCUGCCACGCAAAGCCGCACAGACUAUCCUGAUGCUACUUUUUCUGAAUGGUGCAAUCAGUCCAUACACAACCUGGAAGUGAUGCCUCAGUCUAAGUACUCUGGAGUGUCAGGCUGCAGCGACGCCGUCUCUCAGAGCUCUGGUGGCAGCACUCGCAGCACGGAGCUUGUCCUUGGGGUGAAAAACAUUCCAGAAGAUGCUCCGGCCUGUCGGGUUCUUCUGAGGAAGGAGGUGCUUCGGCUGGUCAUCAACCUGAGCUCCUCAGUGGGCACUAAAGGGAACGAAACCGGACUCCUCACCAUUAAGGAAAAGUUUCCCUAUGCGUUUGAUGAUAUCUGCCUCUAUUCUGAAGUUUCAUACUUGCUGGCUCAUUGCAUGUUCAGACUGGCUUCAAGACGCUUCAUUCAGGAACUCUUCCAAGAUGUUCAGUUCAUUCCGAUGUACGAGGAAGCCGAAAGCAUUCUAUCGAUGCCCAAGAAGUCUCCCACAGUAGAUCUUCCAUCAGACCCAUGAUCCUCAAGACGUUAUUAAGACUCUUCGCCAAUCCAUUUCCUCGGCCUGACCAUGCACUUAAAAUGAAAACGCAAUAAGAGACUAGGGCUAUGGGACAGACAUGUGUCGACUGAAAGAGAGCGAGAGAGAUGCCGUUUCCACUGAAAGAAAGAGCCGGUACGUUAAGAGAACAAACUUUGAACAAAUGAAGAUGCUCCACAGUGGAUCUUGUAACCAAAUAACGCUUGUGACUGACAGUUAUGAACUAUAUAGCAUCGAACGGAAAGCGGAGAACGCAAUAUUUCAACUGCGAGUCAGUGAAAAUUGUAUUUCAAAAACCAGAAAAAGACUCUCUAGGAAGUUUAUUUAUCUUCCCUCAAUUCCGUUCAGUCCUUCUUUAAAGGAUCUAUGCGCCCGAUUGCACGUUAAAAACAAAAUGAAAACGAUUUCUUUUUGCUUCGAGUGGAUCCUUGAACACUACAACAUUCCCGCUGUUUACUUUGGAUUUUUGUUUGCUACUAAUUCUGGUUGUUUUAAGAUUAUGAAGAAGUGGCUUUCGCAAGCAGGCCGAGCAAACGUCCUGGGGGUGAUUCGCUAUAUAAGACAAUCAUCAUCAAUAACUAAUAAUAACGAGCAACUGCCAGUUUUUCAUUUCACUUUUGUACCCGACUCAUAAAAGCUUUUUUUUCUUCCUCUAAUCAUUAAAACGCAUACUAAUCUAAGCUGAGCACAUCCCCUAGAAACUGUGUGUACGUGUGCUUUAUGGUAUUGUUACACAAUCAUAAGGUAAUGACUCUAUCGUGUUAUUGUGUAACUUCGUUAACUGACCUCUAAAACGAGCGAUCCAAGAGAAAAAAAACUGACAUUUGAAAUCUGCAAGCUAUUUAUUUAUUUAUUUACCUAUUUAUUCUUUUAUUGUCCCUUCCGCGUUAUUUUAGCCAGGGUUAAACUGUCUAUUAUUAGGUUUGUCAGUCAGUGUACCUCAAAAGAGGAAGGUAAAGCGCAUUUCACUACUGCAUUACAUUUUUUUUUUGCAGUUUUACUCUUCUCCAUUUCAAGUAUUGAAGAUUAUAACCAAUACACAGAAGUACAUGUUGAAAUAUUACUUCCAGAAAGUUACCUCUAUCUAGCAUUAAUUGAAGCAUUAAUAAACUAAAAAGAUACCCUGACAUGUUUUACAAUAUUUACUAUGGAACCUACUUUUGUACUUUGGAUGGAUAUCAAUGCUUUUUAACCUAAAUGUGGUUAUGAGUUUUUAAACAGGUACAAAUUUUGAUCAAAAAGUGACAAGAAUUACUCCAAUUUACUCACAAACUGCUGUGAUUCAUCAAUAUUUAUGGCAGAGAGUGUUUUUAAUGAAUGUAGUUUAGCACUGCAUUAAAAACAUGAACAAAUAUAGUUAAGAUCCCCAUUAAGUACAAGUCUGAUGUUCAUAUUUCAAUUAUUUCUAUGCAACGUGCCUGUUAAUUCCGCACAAAUGAUGUAUUAUUGAAGAUACGAUGAUCAAUUCAUUCUCUUGGCUGGACCAUUUAUGUUAUUUAGGCAGCUUUAAUCUAUUUUGCCUUAUUUGUGUUCAUUUGAAUCCUAUUAGGUUAAUGAAUUUGCCCUUUUUCUUGUUUUAUUUAUUUUAGAAACUAAUAAAUCUGCCUUUGCCUGUCUUGGCUUUUGAAUUAAGCACCAGGGUUCAACAACCUUUUUUUUUUUUAAUGUAUUGUGAAACAAAUGAAUCUGAUGAGGCCAGCAAUAAUAAUCAUGAUAGUAGUUGCUACAGUAUUUCCUUUAAAGCUUCUGAGAAAGAUUUAAGUGGGUGUGGAUUCUGAUCCCUAUCUGCAGUGUAUAAUGGAUAGAAAUGAAAGAAGUGCGAGUGCUGUAUGGAGUGGUACAUAUGGAGACGAUGCUGUUUAAACUGGCUGGACAUUGAACAGUAAUUAAGCCACUUACGUAUUUUGAACAACAAAUAAAUCCUUGAUAAUUUCAGAAUUGUUCCUAUUAUUGUCAGGAUAUACGAUGAAAAAUAUUCCAGGAUUUCUCUUUUGUGGGUCACUUUCCACAGUGUUUGAUCAUUUUUUGAAUUGGUAAUAAUUAGUAAAGAGUUGUAAGUAUUUUCAAAAGUUUUUUUUUCUCCAUCCUCAUCAUGCAUAUGUUUUAAAUGUACAUUUGUUCAUUGUUCAACUAAAGCUAAUCGCACCUUUCAGUAAUUUUUCUUUUCUUUUAAGUGCACUCAUGUUUUUGCAGAGCACUGUAUGAAAUCUAAGGCACCGUUUAAUAAUGAAAUUGCAGAGACUGAUGCAAGAAGUGUUAUUUAUAUUUUUCCUGAAGGAAAAAAAAUUGUCUAAAGCUGUUGUACAUACUUAUAAUGUUUCCUUAAUUAUGAGCUUUCUUGUAUAAUAUAAUGUGUUUUGGGGGGCAUUGAGAAUCUGAUGAAAGGGAUGCAUCCGUGACAAAGAAUAAACCUUUUCCUUGA